AUGGCGGCGUUGGCGUUGGCGUUGGGGCAGCGGGUCAAAGGUCACCUCCACAGCCCGGGUUGCAUCCCGGAGGGCCGCGCGGCGGAGGCGGCGGCUUUGGCGUCGGCGGCCCCGCUACCUGCCCGUCCCCAGGAAGUCCCCGCCCGUCACUCACCGCCCCGCCCGCCAAUCCGCGGCCCCGACGCACGGCGGGACCCGCCCCCGAGGCCGGCCCCCGCCAAUCGGCGCCCGCCCGUCGGUGGCGGCCAGGCCCCGCCCCCGAGGCCGGCGCCCGCCAAUCCGCGCGCUCCCCCGCCCCCCGAAGUCGGCGCCCGCCAAUCCGCGCGCUCCCCUGCCCCCGAGGGGUCCCGCCCCGAGAUCUGCGCCCGCCAAUCCGCCCGCUUCCCUCAGGCCCCGCCCCCUAAUCCGCCCCCGCCAAUCCGCGCGUUUCCCCGGCCCCGACAGGCCCCCCCCCCACCCCCGAUAUCUGCGCCCGCCAAUCUGUUGCGGUCAGGCCCCGCCCCCCGAAGUCGGCGCCCGCCAAUCCGCGCGCUCUCCUGCCCCGAGGGGCCCCGCCCCGAGAUCUGCGCCCGCCAAUCCGCGCGCUUCCCUCAGGCCCCGCCCCCUAAUCCGCCCCCGCCAGUCCGCGCGUUUCCCCGGCCCCGACAGGCGCCCCCCCCCGAGAUCUGCGCCCGCCAAUCUGUUGCAGUCAGGCCACGCCCCCGAAGUCGGCGCCCGCCAAUCCGCGCGCUCUCCUACCCCGAGAGGCCCCGCCCCGAGACCUGCGCCCGUCAAUCCGCGCGCUUCCCUCAGGCCCCGCCCCCUAAUCCGCCCCCGCCAAUCCGCGCGUUUCCCCGGCCCCGACAGGCGCCCCCCCCCCCGCGAUCUGCGCCCGCCAAUCCGUUGCAGUCAGGCCCCGCCCCCCCGAAGUCGGCGCCCGCCAAUCCGCGCGCUCUCCUGCCCCCGACAGGCCCCGCCCCGAAAUCCGCGCCCGCCAAUCCGUUGCAGCCCCACCCCGAAAUCCGCCCCCACCAAUCCGCGCGCUCCCCCGGCCCCCAGGCCCCGCCCCGAAAUCCGCGCACGCCAUUCCGUGGCAGUCAGGCCCCGCCCCCGAAAUCUGUGCCCGCCAAUCCGCACGCUCCCCGCCCCCCAAAGGGCCCCCCGCCCCUAGAUAAACGCCCGUCAAUCCAUAGGCCCCGCCCUUAUAUCUGCGCCCGCAAAUCCGCGCGCUCCCUUCAGGCCCCACCCCGAAAUCAGCCCCCACCAAUCUGCGCGCUCCUCCGCCCCCGACAGGCCCCGCCCCUAGAUCUGCGCCCGCCAAUCUGUUGCAGUCAGACCCCGCCCCCGAAGUCGGCGCCCGCCAAUCCGCGCGCUCCCUCGGCCCCCUCAGGCCCCGCCCCGAAAUCCGCGCCCGCCAAUCUGUUGCAGCCCCGCCCCGAAAUCCGCUCCCGCCACACCGCGCGCUUCCCCGCCCCCCGACAGGCCCCGCCCCCGAAGUCGGCGCCUGCCAAUCCGCGCGCUCCCCCGCCCCCGAUAGGCCCCGCCCCUACGUCUGCGCCCGCCAAUCCGCGCGUCCCCGCAGGCCCCGCCCCGAAAUCCGCGCUCGCCAAUCCGUUGCAGCCGGGCCCCGCCCCCGAAAUCUGCGCCCGCCAAUCCGCGCGCCCCCAGCGGAGAAUUCCUCCUCGGCGGCCAAUGGGAGAAGAGGAGGCCGCGGCCAGGGCCCGCCCCCUCCCCGCGCACUCUGAUUGGCUGCCGAUCAUCGGGAGGGCCCCGCCCACCCCCUAG